AUGAGAUCAAAAACAUCGCCCAAAGUUGUCGCUCAGCGAACAGGAGCAGCAAGAUUUGAGGAGUAUUUUGAUGAUGAGAAUGCAAGUCAUGAGACAAAGCUAAGGAAACGAUUCACAAAUGACCCAGACGUUCAGCCAACAUACGGAAAUGAUCCGGAAAUCUAUCAAGGAGUUCUCGGUCGACCCGGCAUUGACUUCCCCGUUAUGCCACAAAUUCCCAAGACUAAUUUUGAUUGCAGAAAUUUCGGUAAUGGUUAUUUUGCAGAUUUGGACACAUCAUGUCAGGUUUUUCACAUAUGCGACGAAGGGCGUAAAAUUUCAUUUCUCUGUCCAAAUGGCACAAUUUUUAGACAAAUUGACUUGAUAUGUGAUUGGUGGUUUAAAGUUGAUUGUAAUGCGGCACCGGAUCAUUAUGCUGAGAGCUCAGAGCAACUACAACGUGCACAAAGAUUACGUCAGCAAUCACAAAAAUUGCGUCAUGUUGUGCAAAGCGAUUUAGUAGGGUUCGGUACAUCCGGUGAAGUAUUUUUCCGUAACGAUGCUCGUGCUGCUGAAUCAAUUCAAAAGCCAACAGUACGCUUGCCACAAGGUCGUGCAUUUCGAGCACCAUCAAAGCUUAGCAAAAGAAUGGAUAAUAAUGAUGGAACUGAUGAUGCAAAUAAACAGAAAGAGAAUUUAGAUGCAUCCGAAAUUUUGUACAAUCGAAGAAACAACAAAAAUAAGGAGAAGGAAGGCAGGGAAAUUCAGGAAACGGCAGAGACAUCAUCAUUUGUUAAUAACAAGAAUAAUAUCAAGAAAAAUGAGAAGAAUGGAAAUGGUUAUGAAUAUCCAGCACCAGAACAAAAAGGCUAUGACUAUCCACCACCAACUGGAUAUUCUUACUUACCACCACAACAAGGUUACAGCUAUCCAAAAGGUCAACAAAAUGGAAGACAAGAAAAUAAUAAGAAACCAUUCCUUCAAGAACCACAACCAUUUGCCAUAAGAGUAGCUGAACCGGAAUCGGAACUUUUUGCAACCACUAUAGCUACCUUCGAGACCACAUCAACAAGAAAACCAGGAGUUGGUAAAAGUUUAGAUCAAAUUAUCACAACAACGUCGACAUCACGAAAACCCCAACAAGCAAAGUCAACAGCAUCUUCAUCAUCAACGACAUCACGAAGAGGAAGUACAACGUAUGCGUCAAGUCUUAAGGCAGUCUCUGAAAAAACUGAAUCCGUGAGAAGUAGAGUGCAAGCAGUAAAUUCAGUAGUAAAUAACAAUAAUAAUAAUCUUAAAUCAACAACCCCGGGUUAUAAUUCCCAGAAAAUUAAUACUUAUACAACAGCACGCAAACCGAAUGUUAAAACAAAAGAUACACCAUUUUACACGCCAACAAUACCGACUGUUCAAACUACAACAUCUAAAAUUGUAACUACAGAAAAUCCACCGACAACAGUCACAACAACACCUGAACCAGAAACUUCGACAAAACCCACAACUUCUGAGAUUGUUAAGCAUGCAUUAGAAAUGAUGGAAUCAUUGAAGGAUUUGGAUAUGGAAGAUGUAAUACCAACAGAAGCUGAACGAUACAUGGGACAAAGAUUAGGUUUUGAAGUUCCACCAUCAUCUGGUCCAAAUGCAUUGCAUUCACUAGCUUUAUACUUUGCCAAUACUGAUGUCAAUAACACAAAGAGAAUGACUAAGGAACAAGCCGCACAACUUAAUGGAAUCAGUUCUAUAUUUUUGAGCAAUAAGACACAAACAAAGUAUGAGUCACUGUUCCCAAAUGAAAGAAAAUCAACAGAAGCACCAACUAAUUUGCCAUUAACAACUUCAACUGCAAGAUUCUCACAAGAUAUUGAUAAUGAUUUAGAAGGACAGCAUUCAAGACAUCCAAUUUUAUCAGCAGCUGGAACUCCACAACUUCGAGAAAUUGCCCAAGUCUUUACACACGCAUUGUCAGCAUACCUUCAAGAUCCAGAACAAUUUAGAAAGAUUUUAUCUGAAAUCAGACCAACGGAACCGCCAAAUGUAGAAUUUAAUGAGAUUCCAAGAUUUCAAGGCGAGAAAGAAUUUGUUAGACAGGAAUCAGCUUACAAUCAUCCAAGACAAACAGCAACAACUGGAAGAACAGAAGAUUUAGAAAUUUUUGACUAUUCAGACGUUACAGUGUCACCAAAAGUAUUAGAGGAAGAGACAACCACAGAGAGCAAUGAAAUUCUUAUUAGCACUGAAUCAAGCUUCAUCACUACAACUUCAUAUCCUGAAACACUUCCACCAGCAUCAUCAAAUUACGCUGAUAAGACCCCAGCUUCAAGAUUAGUCAGCGAGAAUCUCGAGAAAAAUGCAAACUCAAGAACAGCCAAGCAAUUUGAUGACAUUUUAAGCCUUCCAGCUGGUGAAAUCAACAGAAAUCUUGAUGGUAAUAUCAAAUAUUCACUUGACGACAGCAAAGAAAACGAUGAAACUAGCUACUUCCCAGAAGAUCGAGGAAACAAGAGUAAACUUGCACCUUACGGAUUUGGUGUUAAACCAGAAAACAGCACACCAAUUAAUGACCCAUUCCCAACUUCAUUGUCUGAUAUACAAGCGGUUCCAUUGCGAUGGGGUGACGAAAUCACAACCACAAUCGAUCCAACAGUUGAAUUGAAUGAAUAUCCAACAAUCUAUCCAGAAUUAUUACCGCCAUAUGACAUCAAUGGAACAGAAAUCUUAAACACACCAAGCAACGGUCUACAAUUGCCAAAUGAAGAAACUGAUGAGCACUUGCAACAUGCACAAAGUCAGUCAUUCGUGUCGAGUAGAAAUAACAAUAUUUAUUCUGAUGAAAAGAAAAAAUCGAAGACGUACAAUGAUUAUUUGAGCUACAAUGAAGAAUUCCUAAUUGGAACUACAAACUAUGGUGAGAGACUCGCAACUACAACGGAAAUUCCACAAACAACAAUCCGUGGACAUUUUGUUACCAAAACUGUGCCAAAAACUACAACAGAAGUUUCUGAAAUCUCUACGACUGACUAUCCAACGACAACAAAUUCAUAUGCUGAAACAUUGAAGACAACAUUACCGGAUAAUGGAAUCAUUAAUACAGACUCAAAAACAACAUUAUCCUACUCUGUGUUUUUAGAUCCAUUAACAAUUAAUGACGGUCUGAUGGAAUCGGAUGAAGACUCAAUAACACCAUCGCCAAAUACUUACCUUCCCAGAAAUGAGCUUCUCACAAGUACAGAGGAAAUAGAUCAAAACUCAUUUGCAGUCACGGCAUCAUCGACAUCGACCACACUUAAUCAACGACGCGGAAAAUCUUCAAUUGAAACAACGCCACUUAAUAUACGUUUUAAUGAUGAUGAGACUAAUAUAAUAGAGCCAAUGCAGAAGCGUGCAAAUGAGAUGUUUGGUAAUUUAAAUGAGACACAAGUGAGUCACUUGAUGAAUGUAAUGAAGAAAGCUGAUGAAAAUAGGACAGUAAGACGAUUGAUUUUGUUGUUGAUACAAACUUGUGAUGGCGAUGAUCAUAAUAAGACACUGGAAGCAUCUAGAACUGCUUUAUUGAAUGCAUUAAUUGGAAUGGAUAAUCCACAAGAUAGAAGUGAAAUUAGAAUAAUUAAUACAAGAAGAGAAAAGAGCUUAAGAACGACUACACUUGCACCAAUCCCAAUAACUACAUACAGAAGUCCAAAUCAUGAGAAAUACACAAGUUCCGAAUCUGUAAGUAAGGAAUUUGAGGAAUUAGAAGCUACAUCGUUGCCAUUAGAACAAACAACUUAUUUUAUACCACAAUCAAGUGUCAAUGAAUACACAACUUUAGAUUAUCAUUCUCAAACAACGGAACAAGAGAUUCCAACAACCACAGAAUUGCCAACAACUACAACAAUAGUAACAACAUUACCCACAACAACAAAACAGCCAAUACUUGACAAUAAUAACAGAUUAACAGACUCAAGUCCUAGAUUUAGACAAAAAGUUUCAAAUUCUAGAGGAAAUACAGAAAAAGCUAGAUUUCAAAAGAGUUUAGGAUCUAAUAGUGAAUAUCAAAGUGAGCCAUCAAAUGCAGUUGAGCAUAAGAAGGCUGAUGCGCGUGCUUUAGAGCUUCUUAGGUCACUUUAUUCACUCGCAUCACGUUGGGGUAAAAAGUAAAAGAAAAAUGGAUGACGAAUGAUAUUAAAAAUGAUUAACCAAGAGCCAUAUGCAUCACAAUUUUAUUUUUGUUAUGUGAUUAUUGAGAAUUUAUGCUGAUUGAAACUGUAUUAUCAAGAUAUUUUACUUAUCUUUAUUAGUUCUUUCUUUUUAGAAUUGAUUGUUGCUUUUAUGUGUGUUGAUGGAGUUGGAAUCUGUUGAUUUUGAUGAACUUACAAUAUUAAAAGUUUUGAGAUAUAAGAAAACUAUCAAAUUGUUUUGAUUUUUUGGCGGGAAAACUUUAAUUGAACUUUUUAAAAUUUGUUAAAUUUUAAAGAUAUAUUUAUUUUGAAUACUAGUAAAAAAUCAACAGGUUACAAUUUUCUUGUGAACGUUAUUGCAAAAAAGAUCACACACGUGACAUAAUUAAUUAUUUCAUCCCCUUUAUUAUGUAAAUAGGUUUAUCAAAUCAUUAUCCCCAUU